CGUGGGGCUUGGUACCGAAUGUCAAUUGCAGACAUGGCGGAAGGUUGCAGCGUCUCAGUAGUGGUUCUGGUUUCGCUAUUUUCUGCUUUAAUUGCGCUUUCUUCCUCUAAGUCGACGUCUUCUCAAAUACCAGACGAAGACUGGAACUAUGUUCAAGUGCGGGAAAAUGCAUUCAUGUUCUGGUGGCUUUAUGGAGCGAGCACAAGCGAUCCUUCAGAGCGCGUCGACAAACCUCUGAUCAUGUGGCUACAAGGAGGUCCAGGCGGUUCUUCCACGGGUUUCGGAAAUUUCGAAGAGCUUGGUCCGCUCACAGUGGAGCUUAAGCCUCGUAACACGACCUGGCUGCAAGUUGCUAAUGUUCUAUUCGUUGAUAACCCUGUGGGUUCCGGUUAUAGUUAUGUCACCGACAACAAAGCCUUCACCACAAACGUAACAGGCAUAGCAGACGACCUUGUUACUCUCUUCAUUGCCUUUCUGGACAAACAACCAGUUUUUCAAGAGAUUCCUUUUUACAUCUUCUGCGAGUCGUAUGGUGGCAAGAUGACAUCUGCCUUUGGCGUUGCUCUAUAUCAAGCCAUUCAAUCUGGAGGCAUCAAGUGCAACUUCAGAGGGGUGGCCCUGGGAGAUUCGUGGAUUUCACCAGUAGAUUCAGUGUUGACCUGGGGCCCAUAUCUUUAUGCUGUGUCACAGCUGGAUGGAAAAGACCUUGAGCUGGUCAACAACGCAGCUCAAGCUACCGCCGACGCUGUUUCUAAGGGUCAAUAAGUUAAAGCUACUGAACUCUGGGAUAAAACUGAGAAGGUCAUCGCAGAAACAACAGAUAAUGUUGAUGUUUAUAACAUUCUCUUACACAAUGCUCCACCCUUCCCUACUAAGUUCCGAUCACUAAGCAGUGACAUUCUGGAUCGCCUUUACGCUCGUCACGUUGGUCGUCUGUAUACUGACCCUCUGACAGAACUCAUGAAUGGUGUAAUCAGAAAGAAGUUGGGCAUUAUACCGCCAAAUGUCACAUGGGGUGAGCAGUCGGGAGAGGUGUUUACAUACCAGGCAGUGGAUUUCAUGAAACCAGUGAUAGAUGAUGUCAGCAAACUUUUGAAUUACGGCUUGAAAGUUGUCGUUUAUCAGGGCCAAUUGGACAUGAUUUGCGAUACCCUUGGAGCAGAGGAUUGGAUCGCUAAACUUGAUUGGGAUGGAUUACCAGCAUUUAAAGCCACCAGCCGCGUACCCCUUUAUACGCCUUCAGGGUUUAAGAACAGAAACACAGCAGCAUUCUACAAGGCUUACAAGAAUUUAGAGCUUUACUACAUUAUGAAAGCAGGCCACAUGGUCCCCUCAGACAAUGGUGAAAUGGCUUUGGAAAUGGUAAAAAGGGUAAUCAACCAAGAUGAAAAAGGAAGCUAAUUUAAAUGUAAUUGAUACUUCACCUCAUGUUCAAGUUGAAUUGAUGUGUUCAAAAACAAUAAUUUUCAUCCUGUUGUAACUUAAAAAUAUGUUCGUAGUACAUUUGCCCUAAGAAAAAUAAGGAAUUGUUUAAAAUAUGUCAUGCAUUAGCUACUUGUAUCUUUCCCAGUUGUAACUGUGGAUCCAUGUUUAUUUUUUUUCUGGUUUUUUUUUUUAAUAUUAUUAGUCUUUUUUAUAUAUAAAUGUAUGUACUUUAAAAGAAAACCAUUUUUUUUUCAGUUGACGUUUCCUUCUAUUGAGAUAAAGAGAUUGUGUCUAUCUGACUUAAAAUGUAGUGACAGUUAGUUGCUUACCUUUUUUUUAAUUACUAAGAUUGAUAUCUAAUUUGACCAAGCUGUGUCAAGCAGACCACAGAUUGAUAUUAAGAAAAUUGUCUGUUAUUAUGCUUGAUGAUGUAUGGCAUUCUUGAUCUGCUGCUUUAUUCUCAGCUGAUUUUAGAAUAAUUGUAGUAAUUCCCUGUAAUUUAGACUUAUAGCUUGGAGUGAAUCUGUUGUGCAUGUAGAUGAAGCGCUACACUGUAGGUGUUACAAUUGUAUUUUAAACCAUGAUAUCAUUUGAUCCUGUCCAAGAUCUUACAGGAUUCUACUGCCCUGAUCUUUAAUGCAAGAUCUUGUGGUAUCCAAGUAGAUUUUAACGGUAUUCCCUGUGAUUCUGCAUAGGAUGUCUGUUAGCAACGGACUCCCAGGGGCUUUAGGUAUCCAGGGAACAUGAUCAUUUAUUUCUUGGGAACAAGAAGAAAAAAUUAGAGAACAAUGGAAUUUAUUAAAACAGGGAAUAUUAAAGGGAGAAAAAGUGAAAUUGUCAAAGGAUGAAGGAAACAUGCUACCCCCCACCCCCUCGGGAGGCUCUCAUUAGUGUAGACAGCAGACUAUAUAAUCGCCUUGAUAAUCGCGUUGCAUUAAAAGAAAAAAAAAACGGCUUGUGUAACAAGUCACCUUUAGUUAGGUUGGGAUUUUCUAUAACAUCAAAGCAGUGCUCAAAUUUGUCCGCCAUAGCUCUUUUUUUUUUUAAUAAAGUCAAGGAGUAUUUGAAGGUUCA